UGCAAAAUGUCUUCAGAAGUGGAAUCUCGCUCCUUGAAGGAGCCAUCACAAGGAGCAGAUGGAUAUAGUAAUCCAACAUCAUCUUGGGAUGGCCAAAAGAAGAAUAUUCCAGGGACACCUACUCCAGAGAGGGCCCCUGACUCACCAUCUUCCAGUUCUUCAUCAGGAGACACAUGUUCAAUAUGUUUGGGCAGCAUUACUGAUAAGUGUGUUGCUGAUUCAUGUCUUCAUAGUUUCUGUUUAUUGUGUUUGAAGGAAUGGUCUAAACAAAAGGCUGUAUGCCCUUUGUGUAAAUUGGGUUUUACCAAAAUUAUGUAUGAAAUAAAAUCAGAAACUGAAUAUAAAGAAUGGAAAGUGCCUCUGCCAGAUCCACCAGAACGUAACCAGGGUAUAGCAAACUUCCAAGAAUUUUUAAAUGCUGAAACAAGGAGGUUCUUUGGUUACAGAACAACACACUUUCCAGGAGCAGCGACAUUACGCCGUAUGCAUGUGCGUGCAAAUAUUCCAGAUGCAAUUCCAUCCUUACCUCCUCAGCGUGGAGGAAGGUCAAGCCUUAGGGGAUCAACUAUGUUUCGUUUAAGUGUAUAUUUGAAUAAUGUUUGGGUACAGCCGUUAGCAGAUGUAACGGGGAGAUAUCGACAGACCUCUCCCGAGUUAUAUAGGGAACAGCCAGCUCUUACUCAUAGGUUAGUACCAUGGGUAAACCGUGAACUAGCUGCCCUGAUAUCUCCUUCUAGAGUAGGAACUGCUCUUACUGAAGUAAUGGACCUCAUUGAGAGAUAUCCCAUUAAUUCCCGUGAAUUUCGAGCUGCUGUACGGCCACACUUACGGACACGUACACAACAUUUUGUUCAUGAAUUCUACCACUUUGCCCGCUCUCCUUAUGAUAUGGUUGGGCAUGAUAAUUCAGCUCAAUAUGUUCCUAGAUAUGGUCCUGAUGAUGAUAGCAGUGAUGGCACUGAUUCUGACGAUGACAGCGAUGCUGUUGUUGAAGUGGACUCUGUGGGAAAUCCCAUCGCUUCUACUUCAGUGAGUGAAGGCAGCCGAAGUCAGCCAACUCCCGGAAAUGUAGUGAGGGAAGAAACUCUCACCCAAGAGGGAUCUGUAGUUAUCAGUAGCAGUGAUGAUUCAGAUAAUGAGAGUGAAAGGCCACAUUCUCAGAAUACAGAAGCAAGUUAUGAGAUGACUCACAACCCAGAACCUCCCAUGUCUGGGAUGAGACGUCAGAUUGGUCAGGCCUCAGUUGGUUUUUAUAUGAGUGUCAAUGAAGGUGCUUCAACUUCUAGAAGUGGAAGUGCUUCAGGAAGAAGGGCAGAUCAGUCAACCAAACCUUCACAAGACAAUGUAUCAGGGAUUGAGGAUUCAGAUGAAUGCAUUAUUGUGGAAGAGGUUGUACCCAAAGUUCCAACGCCAGAAUUAAUUGAGAUUGAUUCAGAUGAUGAAGAGGAACCUCAUAGUAACACUGGCUUAAAAGAAAAUCAUAAGACAGUUAAAGCUAGAAAGAAGCUUAGAGGCAAAUCAAAACCAACACUCAAAAGAAAUAAUUUUGUGGGGGUUGAAAGUUCCUGUAAUGACUAUCCAUUAAGUGAUUGUAAGGUUGCUCAGCAAGAUCAUAGCUAUUGUACAGAGGAUGGUACAGCUGCUGCUCCUCCUCCUACAUCUUCAAGCAGUUCAGUGCCAUGUUUGCAAGAACCUUCUACUUCUAGCACUUCAGUUCUUAAUGAAGAACCUUGUCAGGGGUCGUCUAGUUUAAACAAUAUAAAGAGCGAACAGUAUGAAAGUGAUCCAACUUUAUCAGAAGGAAGUGAUACUAUAGAAGUUUCAAGAUAUGAUAUACUAUCUUCAGACGAAGGCCUGUGUCCUGAAUAUUCAGAAAAUGAAGAUAUCGGAGGAAAAACGAGUAAAAAAAGAAAGUAUAGAGAAGAUUCUUCUGAAAAUGUCUGUUGCGCUUCAAAGAAAAGAAGUAUGUUAAGAGAACAAAAAUCAAGUUGCACAUUGCCUAAGAAAGAUCUAAAGGCUAAAAUCAAAAGGUCUGUAUUUGUUUUGCCUUCGAGUAAGUUAUCUAAUAAGUACGUAGAUAAGAAACAUUACAGAAAAUAUGAUAAAAGAAUAGGUCAUAGUAGCUCUAGUGAUUCAAGUUUAAGAAGGUUGUCAGACAAAUUUUCAAGGCAUAGUAAAUAUCAUAGCAGGCACCAUCAAAAAGCACUUAAAGAAAGCUCGAGAGAAACUUCGGAAGAGAAGUGGCAUCAUUCAUCAUCAAGGGUAGAAACUUAUGGUGCAUUUAGUAGCAGGAAGGAGAGUCAUGAUUCAGGCAGUGAUGAUUCUAGUACAGAAGAAAGACAUAAAGAGCAUUAUAGUAUUAAAAAGUAUAGUGUAAGUUCAAAGACAAAAAAGUCCUCAAAGAAGCACAAAAGGAGAAGUAAAGAUAAGCAGCGAGAGAAGGUAAAGAAAAGUGGCAAGAAAAGCAGCCACAGGAAAAAAUCCAAAUCUAAAAGACAUGAAGUUUGGUAUGACUCCAGCUCUGACUACUCAGAAAGGAAAAGACAUAAAUCUAAAUCUGGGCAAAAGAAAAAAUGUAUAAUAGACAGUGAUUCCUCAGAUUCUGAGUCUAGUUCAUAUGUAAAGUAUAAAGAAACAACAGUAAAAGUUAAAGUGAAGUGAUGUGUACAGCUCAUGAAUGUCUAACACAUGUACGUGAGAUUUGUGUAAAGUUCGUUAAAUUCUCUCUUUUCAGCAGACAAAUUUUUUAGUUAUGCUUGGACACCUGGUAGGUUUAAGAAUUAGUGAAGCAGUGAUAAGCUCCAAGUGAAACCUUCCCUCAGACAUGGAAUACCUUGUUUGUGUGUGUGUGUGUGUUUGAAGAUAUUCAGUAUUUUUUCAUUUGUUGAGUGUUUGCCGAUACUGAUAUUCCGUUUAAAUUUUUGUUAGCCCAUAUUGGGGAUAACUUGAGAGCAAUUAUUAACUUUUUUCAUUUUGUGUAUUUCAAAAUGCUUUUGCCGCCUUUCUUUUGUACAUUUGAAUCUUACAACAGCAAACUCUUGAGGUGCUUUUUUGACACUUGAUGGGUGAAAAUUAUUUUUAGGGCAAUUUCUAUUAUACUAUUGGACUCACGUAAUGAACUGGAAAGGGUAAGCACAAUACACCUCAGGUUUGUCUUUGCAAAAAAACUGCAUACUAGUGCCUUCUGAGUGUUAUGUAUGUAUAUACACGAUUAUCUAUAGGUAAAAAAGGAAAAGCAAGUACCAUGGCAUCAUGAUGUCAGUUCAUGUGGUGAUGUUUAGGAAAUUAAGUCUCAUUCCAGUUAUUGCUUAUGAUCUUGGUUAUAGUCCAGUUAUUAGGCUGUUAGCCUAAGCAAAAACUAGGACUACUAUAUUCUGAAUUUAUAGUAAGUGUAGUGUAUGACUGUUUGAAAGUUUACUCUAGUACUGAUUUUCAUUUAUCCUUUAUGAAAUCUGUAAUGUUGUGAAAAUGUUUCAAGUCUACCACAGUAAUCCUUACUAUUCAAACUAAGGCUAUAGUACUAUUUUCAGCUCUUAUCAAAUCUUAAUGAAUGGUUUGUUGUCCAUUCAAGGAAUUCCUUUGUUGUAUUCACGAAUCUUAUUAUGUAGACCACCAAUAUUAUAUAAAUCAGGUGCACACUGUUUCGUGUGCACACACACAAUACAAAAAGAUUCUGAUUUAAUGUAUUGUAACUUACAAAAUUAUUUUUAGAGAGAGUGCAGAGGCUAAGCUACUACAUAUGAGGCAUCUCGUGGACAUGGGGCAAAUGCACCAAUUUCUUACUUUUGAGUUACGUACAAGUGUUUAAAAUCAGCUGUAGGUGGGAGACGUGAUUAUUUGAGAAUAGCAUGUUAUUAUGCAUCAUUAGAAUCCUCUGGAAUAGAAAAGUUUAUACAUCAGGGGAAAAAAACACACCGUAAAACAUGUGAUGGCGUUUUUUUAGCAAAUAAUUGUUAUUGUUCAAUCAUCUUGAAAUUCAUUCCUAUAUUAGAUGUCAAUGAACCAAACAUACUGUGAAAAUUUCAGCCAAAAAUUCCAAUAAUUAAUAUUUUUACACUGAAUAUUGAUUAGAAAUUAUCAAUUUCCUUAUGAUUUUACAGUCUUUGAUUGUUUUUGCUGCUUUCCAGCUAGCGCUAGCAGAUUUAUCCUAUUGCUAAGACUGAAGGUAUGUUAGCUAUGAAAAAUACAAGUUGAUUAAAAAAUGAUGUCAUAUUCUCCACCCCCACUUUUUCAUAAUACUUCUUUUCCACAAUAGCCUCAGACCUGUUGACAUAGCCUUCACCACUGUCUCAUUUGGCCUUUUCUGGGACUUUAGCAAAGUCUUGGGCCUUCUCUUGUGUGAAGGCACAAGUGGCGGUGUAUUGACAUUAUCCUGGUUGGUAUUAUUCGCCAUGACACAGUAAUUCAAUGUAAUAACAAAAUGCGGAGUGUAAACAAAGCCAGGCUUCACUCGCGUGCUUGGGGGGGAGGCUAGCAGGGUGAUUGCUAGCGCAUGUCUGUUUGGCUGAAAGGUCGCCCUUUAACCCAGCCAGAGGUAGCUGCUCAGUCAUUGGCUGGGCCGUGCGCACACUUUCACCCCUUACGCCCUGAAAUUUAAGACCUCUGCUACUUCGCCUGUGUAAAACAAGGGAAACUGAAAUUUUGAGUUCUAAGCCAUUAUGGGUCAAUAUCGUAAAAAGCUCUUCACAAGUUUUUCAGUGCUUCCACCUAGAGGAAAGCAUGCAUCACUCAUUUUCAAUGGUUGCCACAUUCGCCCCUUGUCCAUUCGCACAGUCUUCAGUUUUUAUAUACGUAUCUUACUCAGCAAUUACUUAGCUAGAGUUUCUACUUGAUGGCAGCUUAAAAUUUGAAAGUUAACGGUAGCAAUACUCUAUUGUUUAUGUAGGUAACUAGCCCUGCCCAUGUUCAAGGUAAGAGAGGGACAACUUUAGCCAAAAGCUAAAUUUGUUUUUCCAGCUUAAAACCACACACUGUGUUAAGGUUUGCAGCUGAAUUUUGCCUUAUUGUUGGAUUUUUUUCACUCUUGGUGAAAUAUUUCAACACAGUAGCCAUCGGCAUUAUUUAGGCAAACAUUUUUGUGAAUUAGUUUUUCUGAAAAGACACAUUACUGAUUUUUACUUUGUGUACUAGUUGACUACAGAGACACUAGUUCCUCUAGUUUUCGGUAUUGUAGCAAAGGUUGCAAUAUUCGAUUAACAAAAGCCUUGCUAUGACACACACACCUUAUUUACUUCAUUUAGGGACUGGUAACUUCUAUCAACUUACAUGCGCGGAGUGUAAGGAGUGGGAUGAAAAAGCUUCGAAAACAUUAGCUUCUCACCUUGCAUAGUUAGAGAGAGACUGGAAAAGGAAGCAGUGUUUAGAAGUUAAAUCUUCAGCUAGCCAGGGUAGUAAUCCAACUUCUAGUAAUGUCAGUGUUCUUGUGCCUUAUCCUGCUAAAUUACCUUCUCCCAUUUCCAGCCCUCCUCCAAAUCCACCUGCUCCAUCUCCCAGCCCCCACAGUUCUGAAUUGGACUGCCUCACCAGCAUCAAGUCAAAGUUUGACCAUAAGUUUGGGUCUGCAGAUACAGUGGCUCAUAUAGGGGAAUCUAUGCGUUUCCUCUUAGAUAAGUUUUGUGAAAAAAGUACUAGUGAAGUGAUUGUGGAGGAGGUGGCUGUCCAUCCCAACUGACUCUUCUUGGCAAAGGUCACUGCCAUACUCCCCCAAACCUGGGAGGAGGCAUACUGGAGUCCCAAGGGAGGUCAGUGGGGUCUAGCUACAGGCAGUGCCCCCACCCCCCCCUCAUUUGUUCCUGUUGCUUCCCAGGUUGCAACAAAAGACAGCCAUUGGAAAGGGAUCUUGGAGGUGCACCAUCAGCUUUUGUCGAGCUCUGGUAACUUCCUAUUAAAGGAUGUCAGUGAUGCUUCUCAAAUGAGUCGCACCCUCUGAAAAGGGGCGCUCUUUGUUUCAGGGUCAGUCUCCACCACUGCCCAGCAAAAGACAUAGAGAGCCUUCAUGUAGCCCCAAACCCUCAUGUAGUACUUUGGACAGUCCCGAACACUUUUCACAGUCGGAGCACCUUUCAGCAGUACCUGGAUAUUCGCUGAUGGCUUAUAACCCUCUUACGCCAACUGGACAUAUUUUACGUCAACAUUUUUUUGUCUCCCGUGUGCCGACUGGACGUAUUUUACGUCGACUUACAAAAGUUUUUUUAAAAUUCGCGGAAAAAUACUUAUAGGCCUACCAGCCUAAAACUUUUGAAUCACGUGCCUCGGGGGAUGCUGGGAGUUCAUGGAUCAAGGUAUUGUUUUGUUUACAAUCGUUACGCAGGCGCGCAAGCGCGAAUUUCUUUUUUGCCGCACUAAAUUAUUUCGUCACUGACAUAAUUUUUGUACCAUUGUAAAUUAGCCAUUACAUGAAGUAUUAUAUAUGAAAAUGUGCGCAUUUUUAUGUAGAAUACAACAAUAAAAUACUCAUGAUUGUAGCUUUUAUCAGUUUUGAGAUAUUUUCAUAUAAAUAACGAUAGUUGCCAAAAUUUCAACCUUCGGUCAACUUUGACUCUACCAAAAUGGUAGAAAAACGCAAUUGUAAGCUAAAACUCUUAUAUUUUAGUAAUAUUCAAUCAUUUACCUCAAUUUUGCAACUAAUUGGAAGUCUCUAGCACAAUAUUUCGAUUUAUGGUGAAUUUAUGAAAAAACUUUUUCCUUACGUCCGCGCGGUAACUCUUCCGAAAAAAAUCAUACAUGCGAUUGUAGUAAUGUUUGCUCCAUUUUAAAAUUAGCCGUUAUAUAAAGUUUUAUAUAUGGAAAUGUGCGCAAUUUCAUGCACAAUACAACUAAAAACAACCCAUGGUUGUAGCUUUUAUCAGUUUUGAGAUAUUUUCAUAUAAAUAACGAUAAUUGCCAAAAUUUCAACCUUCAGUCAACUUUGACUCUACCGAAAUGGUCAAAAAACGCAAUUGUAGGCUAAAAUGCUUAUAUUCUAGUAAUAUUCAAGCAUUUACCUUCAUUUUGCAACAAAUUGGAAGUCUCUAGCACAAUAUUUCGAUUUAUGGUGAAUUUAUGAAAAAAAUAACAUUUUCUUUACGUCCGCACGGUAACUCUUCCGAAAAAAUCAUACGUGCGAUUGUGGUAAUGUUUGCACCAUUUUAAAUUAGCCGUUACAUAAAGUUUUAUUUAUGAAAAUGUGUGCAAUUUCAUGUAGAAUACAAAAAAAAAAUAAUUGAAGGUUGUAGCUUUUCUCAUUUUUGAAAUAUUUGCAUAUAAAUCACGAUAAAUAGAAAAAAAACCACGUUCGGUCAACUUUGACUCUACCGAAAUGGUCGAAAAACGCAAUUGUAAGUUAAAACUCUUAUAGUCUAGUAAUAUUCAGUCAUUUAUCUUCAUCUUGAAACAAAUUCGAAGUCUCUAGCAAAAUAUUUAGAUUUAUGGUGAAUUUUAAAAAAAAUCUUUCCUUCCCUCCACGCGCACGGAUUCUCCUCCACAAAUCUCCGAAAUGCGUACUACUUCCCAUUCUCGGAAUAUUUGCUUCAUUUCAUAUUAGGCAUUUCAUAGAGUCUUAUAUAUGAAAAUGUGCGCAAUUUUAUGUAGAAUAAAACGAAAAAUAUUUGAAGGUUGUAGCUUUUCUUAUUUCCGAAAUAAUUGCAUAUAAAAAUAUAUAUAUAUAAAAAAAUUCGACAUUUGGUCAACUUUAACUCGUCAGAUAUGGUCGAAAACUGCAAUUGUAAGCUAAUACUCUUACAGUAUAGUAAUAUUCAAUCAUUUGUCUUCAUUUUGAAAGAAAUUGGAAGUCUCUAAGACAAUAUUUAGAUUUAUGGUGAAUUUUUGAAAAAAAAUAUUUGUUUACGUCCGUGCGUUACGAAUUCAUGCAUUAUUUUGUGAUAAUAUUUUCUCUGUGUUGAUUUUAUCGUUUUACAAUGUGUUAUAUACCAAAAUGAUCGCAAUUUAGUGUAAAUUACAACGAAAAAAAAAGUAACUUGUUACCUUUAACUGUUUUGCGCACAGCGCGAUUUGAAUACAUUUAUAUAUGAAAUUUCGUUUUUGCGCUAUCAUAUAUCGCAUUAUUUAUAUAUGAUAAUGAUAAUUUUUUUCAUUUCUGAUGGUUGCAUACUAAACUUCAGCCAAUGACAAAAAAAGGAGCCAAAAAUGAACUCUUAAUCUUGAAAACUAAGCGCGCUGUGAUUUUUUGAAAAAAAUUUUUUUCCGCUUCGCGCUCACUCUGAAACACCUCCGGCACACGGGAGACAAUUUUUUUUUUACCGCUUCGGCAUAAGAGGGUUAAGCAUGUUGCUUCUCGAGAGUUCCCAUGUACUUCUUCAAAUGUUUUGUAAACAGUGAGUACCCCUUUAAUGAUGAGCACCCAAUAAUGACCGGGCACCCACUAGUAUCUGAGUGCCCAGAUAUGUAUGAGAGUCCAAGAGUGGAUGACCGCCUAGUAGGAGCCAAGUGUCCAGGAGCUUCUGGUCGCCAGGUAAUGUUUGAGAAUCCAGUGACUCCCAAAUCACCUAUACCUGGCUGGACUCCCAGGUGCAUCAGAGUGUAAGACGACAGUUCCUGUUACAUUGACACCUGCCCAUAAGCACUUGACACUGACUUGUCAUGUUUGGCCUCUUCUAGUCUGUCUCCAGUUACGGACCUGUUUUCUUCUAAGAAUCCAGUCCUGUCUUUGGAUCUUCUUCAGAAGCAAUUGGAUAACAUUUUGGGACUUCUUCAAUAAGCUUCAUUUUUGUCAGCAAUACUUCCUGUAAAUCCUUUGCUUUCCCCGAUUUCGUUAGAUGAAGAGGAUUUGGGUCAAGAAGAGUUCCCAUCAGCAUAUGCUUCCCUGCUUAGAUAUUUGCUGCACAUUUUCCUGGAUUUCCUUGCCCCAGCAGCCCCUGCUGCUGCUUCCUAUUCAUAAUGAGUAAUCAGCCAGCUGGGGCUAACAAACUUCCUAAGAUGGUUCUCUCAUCUUCUGCUAAGGCCUUAAGUGAAAUAGAUAACUGGCUCUCUGAGAAAAGGCGGCAAGGAAAGGCUUCCUUCAGUAUUAUCCCCUGUCGCUUAUUGUCCAGGAGAUACCGGUCUUGCGCUACUGGAGAAGCUCCGUCCUUGGGAAUGGCUGCCUCCUUCAAAGUGGACUUCUCCAGUCUUAUUGACUCGGCUCGUAGAAUGGCAUUCACUUCUGCGAAGGUAAUGUUUUCAGCCUUGGAAAUGGAUCAUUUGCUGAGGAAUCUUUUUAAGGUAUUGAGGUUGCUGAGCUUUAUGGAUUGGAACAACGGAGCAUUACCCAAGAAGAUUCUCGAUUUUCCUUAUCAGCCGGAAGAUAUAGUAACAGAUUGGUGUAAUGUGCUAUCUCUAGAAAUAGUCUUGUUGUAUGCAAUGGGAAUACUUAAGAAAAGAGAACUGUGGGUCACUUUUGCUUCCAAGGGUGUCACAUCAUUGCACAAGUUAGCUCUCAUUUUCUCACCUUUAGACAGCCUAUGCCUGUUUCUGCAAGCAACAGUUGAGGAGAUAGCCUUGGAACUUCACAAAAAGUCUAUGCAGGACCUUCUUUCCCAAUCAGCUAGACGUCCCAAGGACUGGGCUCCUGUUGCCUCUUAAGCUGAUGUUUGCCCUUCAUCCUCAGCUGUUUUGAGGCUUCUGACAAAGAUCCCAGCCUAGACUGUGAGGAACCUUUCAUUUUACCUCGGAAAGGUGGAGAGAGAGAAAGGAGCAGAACAACGGGUAAUUCAAGUUUUCAAGGAUGGAUACUCCAUUCCCUCAGGGAAAAGCCUCUAUUAGCCAGCACUCCCGUCGAAUUGGUGGCCUACUCCAUAGGAUCGGAGAAGAUUUCAGUCCUCUCAGAGGAGGUUGUUUCCUUACUCAAGAAAGGAGCGAUAGAGGUAGUGGAAAACAUAAAGUCCAGAGGCUUUUACAGUUGACUUUUUGUGGUCCCUAAGGCCACAGGAGGAUGGAGACUAGUCCUUGAUGUGAGUGCCCAUAAAUGUUUUGUCAAGAAAACAAUGUUUCACAUGGAAACAACCCAAUCAGUCCUCACUACUCUUUGCCAAGGGGCCUGGAUGAUAUCUCUUGACAUGAGAGAUGUGUACUUCCAUAUUCCAAUACAUCAAGAGUCGAAUAUGUAUCUUAGAUUUGUGUUCAAGAAACAGGUACAUAUUUCAGUUUUAGGCAUUGUAUUUCAGACUCAACAGCCCCACAAGUCUUUACCCGAGUGCUCGCCCCAAUGAAGAAGUGGCUUCACCAAGGAGGAAAGGUGCAUGAAGGACCUUCAAAAAAUCCUUGGUUGAUUCAAGACCUACGAUUACUACUGAAUCUUGGGAAGUCAAGAAAAAGACUUAACGCGGUAACGUGGGUGCACGGUCUUUGACCAGUUUUCACCUAAUAUACGCACGCGUUGCCAGAUCUCACAGAUUCCUUGCUUUUCAAUCUCCGAUUGUUUAACCAGAUCCAGCUAGGCGCUAGAAAAUUAUCCUAUUGUUAAGUCUGAAGGUUUGAGCUGUGAAAAUACAAAUUGUCUUAGAAAAUGUGUCAUUUUUCAGGCUAUUCCAUCCGCCAAAAGAAAGGAGUGGAGGAUUACCUAAAAAAGGUAAAUCUUUUCCUGUCUCUUCCAGUCUGUUCAACAACUCAAUGGAUGAGUUUGCUAGGCACUCUAGCUUCCCUAGAACAAAUUUUUGAGGUUGGGAAAGUUGCAUAUGAGACUGCUGAAAUUUUACCUAAGGAUCAACUGGGAUUGGAAAGUAAACCAAGAUCUGUGAGUUUUUUCAAUAACAAAGGAAAUCAAGGAAGACCUGCGGUGGCGGAACUCUGCAGACAGACCUAAAAGUGAAAUCUCUCUCUCUCUACGUUGUGAACCCUGAUCUAGAGUUCUUUUCCGAUACAUUGGACCUUGGCUGGGGAGCUCUCCUGGGGGACAGUACUAUGGUUCCAACAGGAGAAAACAGUGCUGAAUGACCUUUGCAGGUCCCAGCGCUUGGGCUAUGCCCUAAAUUCCAUAAUCAAUCAAUCAAACCAACAGGAGAAAAACCAGCACAAAAACUUAAAGGUGUUGAGAGCAAUUCAUCUAGGAUUGCAACACUUUUCAGAUGAAGUCUGCAACAAGAAUGUGGCGAUAUUCUCGUACAAUGAAACAACUCUGGUUUAUAUCUGGCUUCAAGGAGAAACCCAUUCAUUCUCCCUAUAGAAGACAGCCAAAGAUCUGCUCCUUUGGGGAGACAGCAAACAUACCAAGUUGAUAACCUGCUUCAUUCAGGGGAAACUCAACAUGAUCUAGACGAGCCGAAUUGCCAUAGGCAGGUACUUCCCAUGGAAUGGAUGUUGGACCAUUGGGUUUGCUCCGAUCUCUGGAAGUUUUGGGGGGAGCCAAUAUUGGACUUGUUCACGACAUUCAAGAACAACCAUUUUCCUCUGUUUUGCUCCCCGUUUCCAGAGCCACCAGUUUGGGUGACAGAUGGUAUGAUGCAAAAUGGUCUAACCUAGACCUGUAUGUAUUCCUCAGUUAGGGGUGAUCAAUGAGGUCCUCAGAAAAUUCCAGUCACAUCAAAAUGUCGUGAUGACCCUGGUAGCUCCCUUCUGGACUUAUCAAGAAUCCUACCUAUGAUUCGAAGUCUGCUCAGGCAACCCCAUUUCAGUAGGUUCCAUCAGGGCAUAUCCACUCUGUCCCUUACAGGGUUUUGACUAUCAGAAAACUCGUCCAAGCAAAGGAAUUUUCUAGAGAGGUGGCAGAAUCUGUCGCUGGAUGUCGACGUGAGUCUACUGACAAAGUCUACCAAGGUAAGUGGUCAGUUUUUAGACUGGUGUAAAGGAUGCAGCAUCUCAUCUUCUAAGACCACUUUAGCACAAGUGGCAGAUUUUUCACUACUUAAGUCAUCUCGAGGCCUCUCAUCAUCAAUUAUUAAAGGAUAUAAAGCGAUGCUUGAAUCUGUGUUUAGGCACAGAAGUUUAGACUUAACAGCAAAUCAGGACCUUUCUGACCGACAUUAUUAAAUCUUUUGACUCCACAAAAGUUAGCAAGGAAGAGACGCCCUGGAACCUGGAUGUAGUCCUCAAAUGGCUCGAGAGUUUGUGCUUUGAGCCUAUGCAUUCAUCUUUGUUUUUUUCUCGGUGGCUCUAGGCACAGCUAAGUGAGUCCAUGCAAUGGAUAGAAAAAUAGGCUUCUCCAAAAGAGAUUCAGUAUGUUCUCAAACCCUCAGAUUUCUUACUAAGAGAGAGAAUUUGACGCGUCCAUGACCUCGUUCCUUUACCAUUAAAGGAUCAAUGGAAAUUUUAGGGGGCAGAAGACAAGGAGAGAGCUCUCUGUCCAGUGAGAGCACUCAAGAUAUUAUCUUCAGAGGACAGAGAAGAUCAAGGGUGCAGCAAGUAAUGUGUUCGAUGAAGAAUCCAUAGAGACCAUUGUCUAAGAAUGUACUCUCGUUCUUUUUGAGACCUAAUUGUUAGAGGCACACUCCCAAAUUGGGGAGGAUGUCUUACCUUUGUUGAAAGUCUGAGCUCAUGCUGUGAGGGCAUUCACUACCUCUGUAGCUUCUAAGCAUAAUCUUUCUCAUUCAUCGGUAUUAGAGUGCAUGUACUGGAAAGGUGAGUUCAUGAUGCAUUAUUUACAGGAUAAAGGAACAGUUUACAAAAAGUGCAGUAGUACAGUGUUCCCUGUAUUCAAGGGGAUGCAUACCAGACUUCCUCCAUGAAUAGCUAGAAUCCGGGAAUAGUUGAAACCUCUAUAAAAAUGCUUAAAACUGCCUAUUUUGUUGGUUAAAACUCAAG